CCUCCCUCUCCCUCCGUCUCUCCCUCUCCCCUCCCUCGCACCGUCGCUCCCUCUCUCCAUAGGUGCUGGCUGCGCUUGGACACAUACUUCAUCUGGAGCUUCAUUGGCCCUGCCACUCUGAUUAUUAUGCUGAAUGUGAUCUUUCUUGGCAUCGCCCUCUAUAAGAUGUUUCACCACACGGCCAUCCUCAAACCAGACUCUGGCUGUCUGGACAACAUCAAGUCGUGGGUGAUUGGAGCCAUCGCUCUGCUGUGUCUGCUGGGCCUGACCUGGGCCUUCGGCCUCAUGUACAUCAACGAGAGCACCGUCAUCAUGGCCUACCUCUUCACCAUCUUCAACUCUCUGCAGGGCAUGUUCAUCUUCAUCUUCCACUGCAUUCUGCAGAAGAAGGUGCGCAAAGAGUAUGGCAAGUGCCUGCGUACGCACUGCUGCAGCGGGAAGAGCGUGGAGACGUCCAUGUCAUCGUCCAGCAAGGCCACCACGUCCCGCGUCCCCGGACGCUACUCCACGGGCUCCCAGGUGAGCUUGCCAGCGUGCGCCGCCGGACGCUACUCGACCGCCGACUCCCAGAGUCGUAUCAGGAGGAUGUGGAAUGACACCGUCAGGAAGCAGGAGUCCUCCUUCAUCACCGGCGGUGACAUCACCAGCUCCGCCACGCUCAACCGAGAGGGAAUGCUGAACAACGCCAGGGACUCCAGCGUUAUGGAUACGCUCCCGCUCAACGGUAACCACGGCAACAACUACAGCAUGGCGAGCAGCGAGUACCUGAGCGACUGCGUCCAGAUCUUGGACCGCGGUGGCUACGGUACCCACGGUAACCACAAGGAAACCACUCUGGAGAAGAAGAUCCUGAAGGAGUUGACGUCCAACUACAUCCCGUCCUACAUGAAUAACCACGAGCGCUCCACCACCGAACGCAACCACAACCUGAUGAACAAGCUGGUCAACAACAACGUCGGCAACGGCGUGGGCAACAGCGGCGCCGUUGGCGGUGGCGGGGUCGGUGUGGGCGGGGUCAGCGUCGGUGUGGGCGGGGUCCAAGACGACAGCCCUAUGGUGCUGGACAACCCGGCGGCGUUCCCCCACGAGGAGAAUCUGGUCCUUGACAUCAUCAGGGAGGAGUCCAACGCCCCCCUCCUGCCCCCCAGGCCCCCGCCCCCCGACAGCCACGGCCCCCACAGCUUCUCCCGCCCCCGCCGCAUCCCCCAGGAGACCAGCGAGAGCUUCUUCCCCCUGCUGACCAACGAGCACACAGAGAACCACUCACCCAAUCACAGGGACUCCCUCUACACCAGCAUGCCGGUGUUAACGGACCCGCCGGACGGCCAAUGUCAGGUGAACGGCCUGGCGGACGCCGACGGCGAGGGCUCCACAGAGCUGCAGCCGUGCAAGAGUGCCACGGCGCCCGAGCUGGACGACGUCUACUACAAGAGCAUGCCCAACCUCGGCUCACGCAACCACCUCCACGAGCUCCACAGCUACUACCAGAUGGGCCGAGGGGGCAGCGACGGCUACAUGGUGCCCCCAAACAAGGAGGAUUCCGAUUCGUCGCCCGAGGAGCCCCCCGUGGACCCCUCCCACUUGGUCACCAGCCUAUAGACCAAUCAGAAGACCCCCAACUGGCGGCCACCCCCACCCUCAUACCCAACUUCCCCAUAUAGUGGUCCUUCAUUGUUGACUGACAGUUUGGGAUGACCUAAAAUGACUAAUACACCAGAUAGUCCCUUGAUGAUGACCUUGUGAAGGAUAGUGAAGGAUCUUUUGGAACAAGGGAAUGAAGGGAAGCUUUGCCAGGGUUAGGUAGGAGAUGUUUGUAGACUGGAAGUGUGUCUCUUGUGUGAACGGCAUCAUUGGCCCUCAGAAACGCAAGGACCAAGGGGCUCUAUAUGGAGUUCAGAUGUCUUUACUGUUAAGACAUUGUUCAGUAGAACAAAAAGUUGAGCUUUGUAGUUUUCUGUUCUACAGAAUGUGCCAUGAUAAUAUAGGCAUUAACUACACAGUGCCUUGGCCCUUGCCUUUUUGAAAUGCUGAAAUAUCAUAGGACAGGGUUAGGACGGUUUCCGGUCAGGUAGAUGUGAUUGGACAAGCCUAGAGUAAUUGGUCCAAGGAGCAUAUUUGUUAAUAUCAUUGGGAAAUGGAACUAUAUAUAGAUAUAUAUGUGUCGCAUAACAGGGAAGGAAUCAGGUAAGGAUGGAAAGAGAAGGGCUCUGUAGUUGUACACCUCUUGCUACCCAGCCCUUGAACUGUGGACUAUAAUCCUGUAAACCCUAGUAUGGAAUUCAAGCAGAUCGUAGCUUAGUCCCCACUAUCUGAACCCAGGCCAAACCUCUGGACUAUGGAGUUCUGUGUGCCUCACUAUGAAAGACUUCAACAGGGAUGUUUCCUUCCUUACCAGAGGGUCAAACAGGAGGCAAACGGGAGGCAGUGUCCCUCAUGCACCCGAGACUUCCUUAACUGAACCGGCCAAUCCUACUACCUGCCAAUCAAGUGGGGUAUAUGUAUCAUAGAUUCUCACCCACACACACUCUUCUAAAAUGUGGAUUAUUAGUUGAGCGUAUUCCCUCUCUUUGUGUCUGCUGAGGAGAUCUGUAAAUACAGCCACAUCACCUUGGCUCCAGUAACAUCCCCACGAGGUGGACUGACUUCUCCCUCUGUUACAUUGAGACAGACCCAAGGACUGUGGAUCGAAAACAAACAUUUGGAUUAUUAGAAUUUUUGGGUUAUUUUAUCUUCUGUAACAAAGGUCUGUUAUUUGAGGAUCAUAAAGUAAUCACACAAUUUCUAUGUAUUGUACAGAUUACAGAUACGAGCAUAUGACUGAGUAUGCGUUUUAUUAUUUGUUUUUCGUUUUUAUGGAACUGUACUGGUAAAGAUAAUAUGGAUUAGUUCAGUUCACUGGGUUACCUAUAACUACUCUCAUGGUGCACCAGUUUAAAACAACCUGUCUUUUUAGACUUUCAGCAAAAACAGAGCAACAUUGCACACAGACACACAAACACACGUCAUUCUGGUUGUUAUAGGAUGUUGUUAUAGCAACAUUACUAUCACCUAUAUUUUGAAAACCAAUUGUAACUAUAUAUAUAUUUUUUACCACUUUGUAGAUUUCAACCAGGUUAAAUGAUACUACUGUUUGGCAAAGUAAUGGCUAGGAUUCUGCUUUUGGAUGUCAAAAUAGAAGGGUCGAUUUUUUCCGUUAAGGAAGUGGAGGCCCGAUUGGAGGUUGAACAUAAUACAUCCUGUCAUGUGACACAUGUCUGCUGGCAAAGAGAGGAAGUCAAUCGAACAAUGAGAAGCUGUUGAGCAUUUUUCUUACAUUUGGCAGCAUAACCCUCCAUUGCCAGCUAUCGUUCUGAAGAGGGAUUAUAAUCUGCAGGAUCACAAGGGCCUUGCUCCAAACCUGCUGGUACAGAGCACAGAUGCAGAUAAACACAAUCCAACAAUACUUCCACCUUUAAAGAGUUUGAUAAAGGAAAUAUCCAAAUAUUGUCUCCCCCACCCAUACAUGGACAAUGCCACAGUAACACCAGUGUGGAUGUAGAUACGAUUAAACUCAACCCAGACCAAUGUGAGAAGCCAAUGUUUACUUCUUUCAGGGGAAGAUAUCCUUGAGAGACUGAUGUGUAUUCAACCACGUCCCCCCGUCACACAGAGAGAAAUCAUUUAUUUAUCCGUUUUCUGGGGGGUUAGAGAGAAAAACCAACAAAAAUAGAGAAAGACUUGGUAGAAAGUAAUAUAGAGACGAUGAAAGCGCACUGACAGGUAAUACUUUUUUAUUAAUUAUUAUGAUCAUGAUUAUGAUUACUAUUAUUACUACAAUUAUUCAGAAUUAUUAUUUAUUCUUUUUGUAUGGGUUCCAAGUUGAAUGAUCUCAUAACUAAUAUUUGUUGUAACAGUGAAAGUUGUUUGCCAACAAAUAAAUGACUGACAUAG